AUGCAGACGCUGAAGGAAUAUCUAGAACAUCGUGAAACGCACAGAAAAUAUACGUGCACUUGGCGCGAAUGUAGAAUGAAAUUCUUUACCCAAGAGGGACUUCGAGAUCAUUACGAAAUACAUCAAUCUAAAGCUCAACGUGAAAAUUCUAGCGAUUCCUUUCCUUCUAAGCAUAAACUGCAAGAAUAUAACCAACGAUGCCACGGAGUUAGAGACCCAAGGGAAGAAAAUCCACAGUUGGAACAUAUUUUGGCAGACACACGAAAUCAUCACACUGCCGGUCAAAGUUCAGCAAGUCAACAAGAUCGCUCGAAUGAUGAGUAUCCCUCAGAAAAAUUUAACAUCUUGGACGAUCUCGAUGGUGACAUCUUCGACUAUCUUAACAUCCCCGACGAUGUUGUUGUUAAUAUCGAAGAUAUCGACAUCGACAACUUCGAUGGUAAUAUCUUCUAA